AAAGACUUGCAUGUGACUAUCAUGAUAUUAAAUAUCUUACUCAUACCUGUCAUUACAAUUUACAAUGUAAAACUAAAGACCUUGUGCAAGAAAAAAAAUGCUAACUUCAGAGCAAAAACAGAUCCAUGAGCUUCUCUUGCAUCCAUAUCUCCUUACACUCACCACCUUAAUACUCUCACUAUAUUUUCUCCUCAUCAGAAAAUGGCUACACGAAAACCCGAGUAAUAAUAACAAAAAAAACUUGCCUCCAUCACCACCAAGAUUGCCAAUCUUGGGCAACCUUCACCAGCUAAGCUUACUAACCCACCGCUCUCUCAAAUCCUUGGGCUCGAAACACGGCCCAUUAAUGCUCCUAUACUUCGGCAGCAAGCCCGUUAUCAUACUCCAGUCGGCCCGUGCAGCUAGCGAGAUCAUGAAAACGCAUGACCUGGCAUUUGCCGACAAGCCCAACUCGCGAACAACUAAGAGAAUCUUUUACAACAUGAAGGAUAUAUCGGUAGCUCCUUACGGAGAGCAUUGGAGAAAACUGAAGAGCGUUUGUAUCGUGCAUUUGCUGAGCGGCAAAAGGGUCCAAGAAUUUAAUUUCAUUAGGGAACAAGAAACGGCCCGUCUGAUAGAAAAGAUUGGUUCGGCUCGUUUUUCGGUUGUUAAUCUGAGCGAGCUUUUUAUGUCGUUGACGAACGAUGUGAUUUGCCGCGCGGCUUUCGGGAGGAGAUACGGUGAGGAGGAAGAUGGGAGGAAGUUUCUGGUUCUGCUUAGGGAGGUUAUGGAGAUAUUGGGAAGUGUUAGUGUGGGGGACUUUAUUCCUUGUCUUAAAUGGGUUAAUUGGGUUAGUGGGUUUGAGGGGAAAUUGGAGAGAGUUGUUAGGGAAGUUGAUGUUUUCUUGGAGAUGGUAAUUCAAGAGCAUAUGGUUAAUCAAUCUGUUGAUAAAGAUGAAAAGAGAGAGAAUUUUGUGGAUAUUUUGCUUGAUGUUUGCAAGGAUGAUAAGAUUGGUGUGGCCAUUGAUAGAGAUAGUAUCAAAGCUGUUAUUUUGGAUAUUCUUGCUGGAGGAACAGACACAACAGCCGCAACUCUCGAAUGGGCAAUGACGGAGCUCUUAAGACACCCAUCGACCCUCGAAAAGCUUCAGAACGAAGUCCGACAAGUCGCGAAAGACAAACGGGACAUAACAGACGAUGACUUGGCGAAAAUGAAGUACUUAAAAGCCGUCGUGAAAGAGACCUUACGUUUGCAUCCCCCCAUCCCUUUGCUUGCUCACGAAGCAAGAGAAGACAUUCGGUUCAUGGGAUUUGAUGUCCCGCGCACCACAAUGGUCAUAACGAACGUGUGGGCCAUCGGGACAGAUCCCAGCACUUGGGACGAGCCCGAAAAAUUUCUGCCCGAGAGGUUUCUGAGUCGCUCGAUCGACUUUAAGGGGCUCGAUUUCGAGCUCAUCCCGUUUGGGGCAGGGAGGAGGGGCUGCCCUGGGAUUACAUUUGCGGUGGCUAGCGUUGAACUCGUUUUGGCGAGUCUCGUGCGGAAAUUCGACUGGAUUUUGCCAAAGGGAAUGAAAUGUGAUGAUUUGGAUGUGAUAGAACAGCCUGGUGUGACUAUUCAUAGGAAAAUUCCACUUUUGGCUGUUGCAAGUAAAUGUUGUGCUGUCUAGUGUUUGAUCAAUUUGUUGUGAUAGUUUUGGGUUUCAAUUGUGUGAUUCUAUGCUCUUUUGUAGCUCAAAGUGUACAAUUUAUCUCAAAAGGCAAAAAAUUAUCUAAAGUUUUGAAGCAUCUAAAACUUCAUUGAGGAUAUCUAUGAACUCUAUGACAGCUCCAUGUGGAGCUGUCUCAUUGGCUGUUGGCUCCAUA